AACUUUCAUAUAUUCUAUAUUCAUUACACAUAAAGUGAAAUAUUUCAGGCUCUUUUUUUUCUGGAGGGGUAGCAACGGUAGCAUUUGCACCCGGGACUGGUGUGGAGAGGGGCCCCAAAAAAUAAGAUAAAGUAAAAAAUAAAGAGUUCUCUCUGUUCCUGAAUGUCUGUGAGCAAAGGAGAGCCUGAACGUUGCAACCUCCCUAUUGGCUGUUUAUUGGUUGUUUGUAAAAAUGUAUCAAUUGUCCUUCCCACGGGAAUCAUCGCGGGCUCGAGAGACGAGACCUGACGAGUUAGUUCGUUGGUAGCAGAACAAAAUGUCUGGACACAAAUCGGGUUUUCAGAAAAGGAAAGAAAAUAAACGGAGGGUCGAAAAUACAAAAAAGGAGGCAGAAAAUGCAAAACGAGUUUUAAGAGAUCAGAUCAAGUGCACUGGAGCUGAUCCUGCAGCUAUGGCGACAUUCACUGUACUUCUCUGGAGUUUAUUAGGAGUGAAUAUUAUCAUCUCAGCCACAGCCAAAGAUGGCCCAGUUGUGCAGACUAAAUAUGGAGCUCUAAAAGGUGAGUACAUGAAAGCUAAAGGGAAGGACACACUCAUCCACAGCUAUCUGGGUGUGCCGUUUGCCAAGCCACCAGUGGGACAUUUGAGACUCUCUGCCCCACAACCUCCAGAAAAAUGGCAAGGAGUGAGAGACGCCACAAAACAGCCAUACAUGUGUGUGCAAAACAGGGAAAUGGGCAUUCAUUUUUUAAAAAAUGUUUCCAUAAAUGUGGAACUUCCUGAAAUGUCAGAGGACUGUCUUUACCUCAACAUUUACACACCUGCUAAACCAAGUGAAGAAGCCAAACUACCUGUUAUGGCUUGGAUCCAUGGUGGAGGCUUUUCCUUUGGCUCAGGGUCCAUGUAUGAUGGACAUGUACUGGCAGCCUAUCAGAAUGUUGUUGUAGUGCUAAUCCAGUACAGGGUUGGUUUACUUGGAUUUUUCAGCACAGGGGAUGAACAUGCACCAGGAAACUACGGCCUCCUGGAUCAGGUGGCAGCUCUUCAGUGGGUUCAGGAGAACAUCCACAGCUUUGGAGGUGAUCCUGGAUUAGUCACCAUCUUUGGAGAGUCUGCAGGAGGAAUCAGUGUGUCUUGCCAUAUAUUGUCGCCAUUGUCUACUGGUCUCUUUCGGUACGCCAUAGCACAGAGUGGCACUGCUAUGAUGGAUUUUCUCGUUACUACUAAUCCUUUACCAGUUGCUCAGUAUGUGGCUAAUGCAUCUGGCUGUGACAUUUCCAGCACAAAGCAGAUGGUUGAUUGUGUUAUGCAGUUGUCAGAGGAGGAUCUUUUGAUGACUGCCAAAAAUGAUCCCCUGUUCUUUGUUGUGACAGUAGAUGGCCGAUUCCUUCCUAAACCUGUGGAUGAACUUCUGCAGGACAGAGAAUUCAGCAAAGUGCCAUUUAUUACAGGGAUAACUGAGGAGGAAAUAGGCUUUGGAUUAAUGAGCUUCCUUGCUCCUACAGGAUGGACUGAAGGACUGGACAGAGAGGAUGUUAUGUCACUGAUGCCUUUCUUAUUUCCUAAUCCUAGUGAUAAAUGGCUUCAUGAAAUAGUGAUGCAUGAGUACCUGGGAACCACGCACGAUCGAGUUAAAAUCCGAGAGGGUUUCAGAGAGAUGUAUGGAGACGUUUGGUUUAAUAUUCCUGCUCUUAAAGUAGCAAAACAUCACAAAGAAUCUGGAGCACCAGUUUACAUGUAUGAAUUCCAGCACACUUUCAAUGAGCUCCAGAAAAAGAGGCCGAGCUUUCUAGGAAGUGAGCAUGCAGAUGAUCUCGGCUUUGUUUUUGGUGCAUGUUUUUUAAAUGGUCACCUCAAGAUAGAUGGUCAGUUCACAGAGGAAGAAAAUAAACUAUGUAGAACUGUAAUGGCCUACUGGGGGAACUUUGCUCGCACUGGGUCUCCGAAUGGACCAGGUCUAACCCCAUGGCCGGAGUUUGGAGCUGAAGCUGAGUAUCUGGGCAUUGGCCUGGAGCAGAAGCCUGGAAAGAACUUGAAGCAAAAGCACUAUGAAUUUAUAGCCCAGACUCUACCAUGGUUAAGGCGUGAGAAAAAAGAUGGCCCAGUUGUGCAGACUAAAUAUGGAGCUCUAAAAGGUGAGCCUGUGAUAGCUAUAGGGAAGAGCACAGUUGUCUACAGCUACUUGGGUGUGCCAUUCGCAAAGCCACCAGUGGGACCUUUAAGAUUCACUGCACCCCAACCUGCAGAACAAUGGGAAGGAGUAAGAGAUGCCACAAAACAGCCAUACAUGUGUAUACAAAACAGGGACUUCAUUUUUGAGCUCUGUAGCAGUUUCUCAAUGAUUAUGGAAAUUCCAGAAGUGUCAGAAGACUGUCUGUACCUUAAUAUCUACACUCCAGCAAAACCUGGUGACAAUGCCAAACUACCUGUCAUGGUUUGGAUUCAUGGCGGAGGACUGAGCAUCGGUUCCGCAUCAAUCUUCGAUGGAUCAGUUUUGUCUGCCUACCAGAAUGUAGUUGUUGUACUUAUCCAGUACAGGCUGGGUCUAUUCGGAUUCUUCAGUACAGGGGAUGAACAUGCACCAGGAAACUACGGCCUUUUGGAUCAGGUGGCGGCUCUUCAGUGGGUUCAAGAAAACAUCCACAACUUUGGAGGUGAUCCUGGAUCGGUCACCAUUUUCGGAGAAUCUGCAGGAGGAAUCAGUGUGUCUAUGCUGCUUCUCUCGCCACUGUCGACUGGACUGUUCCAUCGUGCAAUUGCAGAAAGUGGCACUGCAACAAUGAAAGGCAUUGUGGGAAAUCCUUUACCAACAGCCCAGCUAGUGGCUAACAUCUCGGGUUGUGACUUCGGUAGCACACAAAAAAUUGUUGAGUGCGUUAAGCACUGGCCGAAAGAGGAUGUGAUAACACUUUCAAAAGAGAACAUGUUUCUACAAUUUGUAGUGACAGUAGAUAAGACAUUUCUUCCCAAGCCUGUGGAGGAACUCCUUGAGAACCAGGAGUUCCAUAAAAUACCGCUCAUGACUGGUGUGACCAAUGAUGAAUUUGGUUGGUUGCUGCCUCAUUACCUUGCACCUUCAGGGUGGAGCGAUGGUAUGGAUAAAGAGCAAGUACUUUCAGCAAUGGCUGCUUUUAAUCCUGAAUCCGAUUCUGAGUGGAUUAGUGAACUGAUGCUAGAGGAGUACCUGGGCUCUUCUGCAGACCCAGUCAAACUUCGUGAUGGUUACAGAGAGAUAAUGGGAGAUGUGAUUUUUAACAUUCCAGCUCUGUCACUGGCUAAAGCCCAUAAAGCUGCUGGUGCUUCAGUUUAUCUGUACGAGUUCGAGCACCCACCCAGCAUUUUACAGGCUACCAGGCCCAGCUUUGUGAGAAGUGAUCAUGGAGAUGAUAUUCCAUUUGUUUUUGGCUUGUGCUUUGCGAAUGCCCACAUCAAGAUAAAUGCCUCAUUCACAAAGCAAGAAAACGAACUGUGUAGGACUGUGAUGGCCUACUGGGGGAACUUUGCUCGCACUGGGUCUCCAAAUGGACCAGGCCUGACACCAUGGCCCGAGUUUGGAGCUGAAGUGGAGUAUCUGGGCAUCGGCCUGGAGCAGAAGCCUGGUAAGAACCUGAAGGCUGAACGUUACAUCUUUAUGACUGAGAAGCUUCCAAAGUUGAUAGCUGCAGCUCAGAAGAGGGAGCAUGCUGAGCUAUAGAUUCUUUAUAUAAUCUGUCUCUCAAGGGUUCUUUGGUUUAUCCCUGUAUCCAUAUACAUUUAGAACCUGUUAAUUUUACCAUUUUAUUAAAAAAAGACAGUUGUGUAUUUUAAGUGUUAUUUGUCUGGAAAUGGAUUGUCUUUAUUAGCUACAGAUCAAAAGAUCUCACACCACGAUUCAGAAAGAUUAGGGAUAUGCAAAUGGCAUCAUAGGUUUCUGAAACUGAUGAACUGAUCAAACUCUGAACUGAAAGAUUGUGUAAACUAAUAAAAAAAAUCUUACAGACAGAGGCAGGAUUACGUUUGACUCUAAUUUAUUGGGAAGAGAUGAACAUGUAAGCUUCAAAGCUCCCUGAAGUCAUGUGAUGGUGUGUACACUUGCUUUUCAGAAAAUCAAUUUGAUGAAUAAACUCGACUUGAAACAGUU